AUGAGCAGGCCUGCGCUCGACAGAUCAAACUCCCUCCACCAGCAUCUCAAGCACCGGCCCUACAUCCCGCUCGAAGACCACAUCGCCAGCAGCAGCAGCCUCAACAGUAGCAGCAGCAGUAAUCAUCAUCAUCAUCAUAACGCCAACUCCUGCAGCACAAACUCCAGCAACUCCCAGGUCGCUGGCAGCAAGGCUUCGUCCCCGUCUGCGGCCUCGACCUCCACCUCGAACUCGAACCCGUCAGCCUCUACCUCUUCUCCUUCUCCUUCUUCUUCUUCCUCUUCAUCCACCGGCAAGGCCUUCUUUGCCCAUACGUCUCGCUCGUCGCGGCGCUCGCUUGCUGCAAUUGCCAUCCAAAAGACCUCGUCUGCCUUUAGCCUGGGGAGACCCGCCGCGGCCGACAACCACAACCACAACCACCAACACCACCAACACCAACACCAACAUCACCACCACCAUCAGCACCAGCAGCAGCUACAACUACAGCUACAGCAGACCAGAGAAGAAGAAGAAGAUCCCUUCAGAGACCCGGACAGCUGGGAGUCAGACGACAGGCCACCAGCAGCAGCCAUGGCCGGGAGCCAGUCCGCCUCCAAGAUGCACCAGACAUCCUCUCGCCUGCUCCGGAUGACCACCGAUGAGCGCCCCUUCACCCGCGACUUCAAGGACCUCUUCUCGACCCUGAUGGUCAGUCUCAAGCUCGAGACGCACCGCGUGCGCUUCUCAAAGUUCGAACACACCUUCACCGCAGAGGAGGCCAUCAACAAUCUCGGCUCCCUCAAGUUCUCCCAGUCCAACCGCAUGCCAGACCCCAAGGAUCCCUCCCGCAUCGUCACCACCACCACAACCACCACUUUCUCCAUGGCCAAGGAGAUGGCCCGCAGCGUCUGCCAGCGCUUCGUCGACGCUCGCUUCAUCGAGUCUGUCGACGGCCGCUUCACCUCCCAGUUCCCGCUCAAGGGCGCCCUCUACCAGCUCACUCCCAAGGGGAUCAACAUCCUGCACCGCUUCUGCCAGCGGAACGGCAUCACCGCCCGCCACAUCAUGGACAUCAUCGAUAGCCCCCGGAAUACCAUGCAGCUCGUCAUCCUCGAGCGAGACAGUGUCACAGACGCCAUCUCAAACGACAAGGGGACCAUAGAGGUCAUCUUCCGUCGCUUUGCCGGCCAGGACGGGCCCAACAUCAAGUCCUCCGUUUCCUCCUCCGAUUCAGACUCCCUCUCAGACUACACCAACGGCGUCGUCGGCGUCAAGAUGGCCCGCGAGCGCAAGAUAGGCGACAAGCUAUACCAAAACACCUUUACCGGCAAAGCUGCCAUGGAAUGGCUCAUGGACUGCUGCACCACCAUCGACCGCCGCGAGACCAUGGAGAUCGCUUCCUUGUUCGUCCGCCAGGGCAUGAUAGCCUGUUUCCUCGAGGACAAGUCGUACAUGGCCCACGACCCGUCGGCCACGCUCUUCCAGCCCACCAAGAACGCCAUCUACGGCGUCACAGACCACGGCCAGCGGAUCUGCGGCUGGAUAGCCAGGGAACGCCCGCCCAAUUCGUCCACUCCCUCGACCUCCUCGGCUCCCACCACGGCCGUGGCUCCCAGAGACUCCAACAACGCCAGACUGCAUCACAUCAUCCAGGACCCGGCCCUGCGGCUGCUCUUCCGAGAGUUCCUGCGCUACUCGCUCUGUGAGGAGAACAUGUCCUUCUACCUCGACGUCUCGGACUUUACCGCAAACUACCGCCGUGCCGAGAAGGCCGGCGCUUUUUCCAAGAUGGACACCGUCAGAGAGACCCUCGCCAGUGCUUACGUGAUAGGCCUGUAUAAUGCCUUCUUGGCUCCAGGCUCGCCAUGCGAGCUGAACAUCGACCAUGCUUUGCGCAACAGCCUGGCCAGUCGCAUGACCCGCGCGGUCGGCGACGACGCCUCCAUGGUCAAGUCCCUCACCGACGUCGUCCAGCUGUUCGAAGCCGCACAGCUCUCCGUCUUCAAACUCAUGUCUUCCGACUCCGUGCCGAAGUUCGCUCGUGAUCCGAAAUAUGCUGCCGUCCUCCAGGAGCACGACUUUGACCUCAACCCAACCACCAGCGGCCGAUCAUACUCGCCUACCCCCUUGCCCGAACGGUCCAUGAGCAGAAGUACCCGAUCAUAG